UGCGCGCUACCGACGUCCUCCCAGUGAAGCGCGUGCUCCCGGACCCAGUGCAACUGCCUAUUUGUGUUGUGUGUUCGAGUGAGAGAGAGGUCCGUGACAGAGCGACAGACUGCGAGUGGAGCUGUGGGGAAAGAAACUAAAUUAAAUAAUUUUCUCAAUGACUAGAGAUGCAAUAUGUCCAUUCCGGCUUCUACAUCUGCCUUGAACAACACCAUAAAUUAGGGUACUAGGGCAGCAGAGGAGUCAGCUGAGGAACAGAAUCAGCACUUCAGUCCAACAAAGCCGCCAUUCAACCCCCCAGCCAAGCCGCUUCUGAUGCUCGUCCAUCAUCCUGGGUGAUCUCUGCGAGCCCUCCCUACCUGGCCCGGUCUCUGCCCCCCUCUCAUUCCACCUCAGGCCUCCUGCAGGACUGCAGUCAUGGCUCUCUCCUCCCCUCCUCUUCUGCUCCUCCUCGUGGUGCUCCUCUCCGCCCUGCCUCCCCUCUGCUCUCCGGAGUCCCAGCCCGGGACUGAGGCCUUCUACCCCAGCUUCCUGCCCUCCGUCUACCCCACGUCCUACUCCAACCUGUCCGAUGGGACCCCUGACAAGUGCCUAACGGUGGUCCAGUGCAGGAAGGGCAUCCUGCUCCCUGUGUGGGAGCCCGUCAACCCCGGCCUGGGGGACAAGAUCGCACGCGCUGUUGUCUACUUUGUGUCCCUCAUGUACAUUUUCCUGGGCGUGUCCAUUAUCGCUGACCGCUUCAUGGCUUCCAUUGAGGUCAUUACUUCACAGGAGAAGGAGGUGACCAUCACCAUGCCGAAUGGGGAGACAUCUGUGGCUACGGUGCGCAUCUGGAACGAGACGGUCUCCAACCUCACGCUCAUGGCCCUGGGCUCCUCUGCCCCUGAAAUCCUGCUGUCUGUCAUCGAGGUGUGUGGGCAUGGUUUUGUGUCUGGGGAGCUGGGCCCUGGCACCAUUGUUGGCAGUGCGGCCUUCAACAUGUUUGUGAUCAUCGCCAUCUGCGUGUGGGUCAUCCCAGAAGGGGAAUCGCGGAAGAUCAAGCACCUGCGUGUGUUCUUCGUCACCGCUUUCUGGAGCAUCUUUGCCUACAUCUGGCUGUACCUCAUCCUGUCCGUCAUCACGCCAGGAGUGGUGGAGGUUUGGGAGGCCGUGGUCACUCUCCUCUACUUCCCUGUGUGUGUGAUCCUUGCCUGGAUCGCCGACCGCCGUCUCCUCUUUUACAAGUACAUGUCCAAGCGUUACCGGGCCGACAAGCGGCAUGGCAUUGUGGUGGAGACGGAGGGAGAGAUGACCCCAAAGGGCAUGGAGGGCAUGAUCAUGGACGGCAAGUUCCCCCAUCAUGGGGGGGCAGUGGGGCCGGCAGAAAACACCCAGGAGGGCACCAACAACACCACAGGCACCGGCACCACCCUGCCCAACUCCAACAGCACCACCGUCACCGUGGAGACCACCAAGGAGCUAGACGAGAGUCGCAAAGAGGUCAUCCGCAUCCUGAAGGACCUGAAGCAGAAGUACCCAGACAAGGAGCUGGACCAGCUGGUGGAGCUGGCCAACUACUAUGCUCUGUUGCACCAACAGAAGAGUCGUGCGUUUUACCGUGUUCAGGCCACACGCAUGAUGAUUGGCGCUGGCAACGUGCUGAAGAAGCAUGCCGCCGACCACGCCAAGCGAACGGCCAUUGCGGAAGAGUGCGAGGACACGGGUGAGGAGGAUGACCUGGCCAUCUGCAGCCGCCUGGCUUUCGAGAGCGCCCACUACCAGUGCAUGGAGAACUGUGGCGUGCUGAAGCUGGCCGUGGUGUGCCAGGGUGGCGCCGGGGAGAGCACCUUCUAUGUGGACUACCGCACUGAGGACGGCUCGGCCAACGCUGGCUCUGACUACGAAUACGGCGAGGGCACAGUGGUGUUCAAGCCUGGAGACACCCGGAAGGAGAUCCAGGUUGGCAUCAUUGACGACGACAUCUUUGAGGAGGACGAGCACUUCUUUGUCCGCCUGCUGAACCUGCGGGUGGGGGAUGCAGAGGGCAUGUUUGAGAGUGACGAGGUCGGCGCGGCUCCAAAGGGACGACUGGUUGAGCCUCUGGUUGCCACAGUGACCAUCCUGGAUGAUGACCAUGCCGGCAUUUUCACCUUCGGCGAGCGGCUGCUGCGCGUGAGUGAGAGCGUGGGCACCAUGGAGGUGACGGUGGUGCGGAACUCGGGCGCCCGGGGCACGGUCAUCCUUCCCUACCACACAGAAGCAGGCAGUGCCAAGGGGGACGGUGUGGACUACGAGGACGUGAGAGGAGAACUAGAGUUUGUCAACGAUCAAACCACUCAGACAAUUCAAGUGCGCAUCACUGAUGAUGAGGAAUAUGAAAAGCAUGAGAAUUUCUUUAUUGUGCUGGAUGAACCACGCUGGCUGAAGAGGGGCAUCUCAGCUUUGCUACUCAACCAAGAGGAUCCAGAGGGGCAGAUGAGUGCGGAGGAAGAGGAAGCCAGGCGCAUAGCUGAGAUGGGGAAGCCCAUCUUGGGGGAACACAGUCGGUUGGAGGUGGUCAUAGAAGAGUCCUAUGAGUUCAAGAGCACUGUGGACAAACUCAUUAAGAAGACCAACCUGGCCCUAGUGAUUGGCACACACUCUUGGAGGGAGCAAUUUAUUGAGGCAGUGACCGUCAGCGCAGGUGAUGGAGAUGAGGAGGAUGAUGAAGGUCGUGAAGAGCGCCUGCCCUCCUGUUCCGACUAUGUCAUGCACUUCUUGACUGUGUUCUGGAAGGUUCUCUUUGCCUGUGUGCCGCCAACUGAGUACUGGAAUGGUUGGGCCUGCUUCGUUGUCUCCAUCAGUGUUAUUGGCUUCCUUACUGCCAUCAUCGGGGACUUGGCCUCCCACUUCGGCUGCACUGUGGGCCUGCGGGACACCGUCACUGCUGUGGUGUUUGUGGCCUUGGGCACCUCAUUACCAGACACAUUUGCCAGUAAGGUGGCAGCCACACAGGAUCAGUAUGCUGAUGCAUCUGUGGGCAAUGUGACGGGCAGCAAUGCUGUGAACGUGUUCCUGGGUAUCGGCGUGGCAUGGUCAGUGGCAGCUGUCUACUGGAACGUGAAGGGGCAGCAAUUCAAGGUGGAUCCAGGCUCCCUGGCCUUCUCCGUCACACUCUUUACCAUCUUCGCUUUCAUUGCCAUGGGCGUGCUGCUGUUCCGCCGCCGGCCCUCCAUCGGGGGCGAGCUCGGGGGGGCGCGGGUCCCUCGCAUGCUCACCUGCCUCCUCUUCCUGUCUCUCUGGCUCCUCUACAUCCUCUUCUCCAGCCUGGAGGCCUACUGCCACAUCCAGGGCUUCUAACAUGGGAGGAGGGGCAGGAAGGGCCACAGCAUGCGGUUCAAACCCAAACAGGCAUCCACAUCCACAUCUCCACACUUCUAUAGCACUCCAUAACCACGCACACACACACACACACACACACACACACACACACACACACACACAUGCGCGCGCACACGCGCGCACACGCGCACACACACACACACACACACACACAGGCUUAUCACUGGGCCCAGUAUCCUGUUCCUUGUUAAGACAUGACACCAUUGAUUGAAGGACACCAUUACAGACGUGCAGAUCUACACUAACAUACAUGCAAACGUGCAAAGGCCUUCAGGAAGCUUUUCAAACAGGAAACUACACCUUCAACAAGCUUCACUGGCUAUGCCAGGAAGAAUUCAGACUUUAAAUCAAUCCGUCCCAUUAGUUUAUGACACCCAAGCCUGCACCAGUCAACAAAGGUCACAGAAGGAGAGAAUGGAAGUAAGACAGAACGGAAUGCAGAAAGACGAGAGUAAGAAAAACAGCUGUUGACAGAAUACAGAAUGUAGUGCCAGUAAGGAGGGUAUGGACAGUGGGGGAAUCAUGCAGGUAGGGAAAGAAAGGUCAGAAUGGAUAGAGGAACUACUUUGGGCACGGCAACCUGCUCAUCCUGCCUUGAAUUUCAACUGUCUUGCUCAUGACCUGUGGGUACAAAACUAUAGGUCUCUGUGCAGUACAUGUGGAAGAUGAUGUUCUCCAGUGGGAUUUGUAAGAGGAAGCAAACGAAGAAGCUCCCUUCAAGUAAAUGUGUGUAGGAUGGUGCAAGUGGGGCAUCCUUCAACUUUAUGGAAACGGUUCAUCACCCAGUUACAGCAGGGAGGAAGGAGCCAAGGUGUCAUAUUUAGUAACAACUGGAUGGCCUAAGGGAGAAAAAGAGAAAAGACUAUAAUCACAGAUAAAGAUAUUCAAGACAGAAGGAUGAAAUCAUGGUGUGGCUAGAGCUUGGCCUAAGCAGUUUGUCCAUGUAAAUACAUAUCUCCAGAUCAUUUAUCUUCACUGAUGGAUGAACUGAUAAGCCAGUCAUAGUUGGUUCAGGACAGGGAAGCAUUGUAUGUCUCCAGAAAUAAGAGAAAUGGAGUUUGGACCAUAUUGUCCCUUGGCAUUGCUGGGUCAUCUCCACGAGAAUGAAACAAGCUGUUAUGAAACUAUUCACAUACAUUUUCUAAAAGUUCCUCUGUUCUAACCAUGUUUCAGUUUCAGUAUUAACUUAUUUAUUUAUGUAUUUUUUUUAUUUGAAUAUAACUACAAAAAUAUUUAUUUGUUAAGUUGGUAACUAGUCAUUAGGCUGUGUUGAGAUCCAGCUGAGAUUUUGGGUUGCCUCCCCCGCGGACGAGAAGGCUGCUUUGGUUCUCACACUGAGUGGCCCCUGCUGCCAAUCACCCAGCACAUCCCACACUUCCUGGUAACAGCAGAAAUGGCAAAGCCCCAUGAGGCAUAGUUUCCCAUUCCACACCACGGACCUCUGCGAUCACCAGGGUGGAGAUUUGACUAUCUUGCUGGCACAUUGGGGAUUGUAAAUAAAGCUUUUAUAUUUUACUGACUUGGUUUCCCAUCUGAGUGACUGCAACCCCACCCCCUAACCCCCCUGGACUUCUGCUCCAUCAAACCCUUUCAUCAUUUCACUCAACUCAUCACUGUUUCUGUUGUGUUGAUGUUGUUGUUUUUUAUCUUAUCUUUAGCCACUUUAAACACUGUGUGAUGCAUACAGCCACAUCAUACCAUUAUCUUAAUUUUUCUUUUCAGAACUAAAGCUAGCUUUUUUAUUUUUCAGUAUGGACAAUAAAGACUAUUUCAUGUACUUCUAUGUUCGAAGAAACACUUCUUCUUCAAAUUGUCUCCAGGCAGAGAAGAGAGAGCCCAAUAGGUCCUGCUGUGAAAUUUAGUGGCAUUGUCCUCUUCACAGACCAAUGAGUAAUGUUGGAUCUGCAUUUGUGCUGAGUUUUACAUGUUGUUUGCCUGUCAAGUGAUAAUUGUUUAUGUUUGUAGAAACCUGUGGAUUUGUGACAUGUGUCUGUGGAACAGCCCCUACAUGGCAUGGGCUGAUGCUUAAUUGUGACGUGGGUGGAAAUGCAUGAUAUACAGUGGCAGCAAUGUAAUGGCAUGGUUUACCUAUAAAAGCAUGCAUUGGUGGUGAUACAAGAAGAGACAGUGUACAUAUUUAUUAAAAGGAAGUAGUUUGAGGAUCAAAGUGUCUCCAAUUAA